AUGCCACACUCAACAGAUCUGGUCGAAGAUGAUCAGGAAUGGGACUUCGUCAGCGGUGUGGAGGAAUUGUCGCUCUCUGAGAAGCAAAUGUCAGUCCACGUUUCCGUACCAUAUUUGAUCAGCCUUAAUAACACAGAAUCUGGUAGCUUGGUGCCUGCGACACAUUACAUGAUGAAGAUCGGUAACUACACCCGCGAAAUCACGCGUCAUGACAUUGAGGACAGAAAUCCCGAUUUCGUCGACCAUUUUGAUGAGGAGCUCCGCUUCAAGCACAACCACUGGCCCGAAAGUACCAAGAGGAUCAUCAUAGGCCACAUCCUCUAUAGAGAUGUCUUGAAAGAGCUGAAAGCAAGAGACCCUCAGAAGAGACGUCUACUGCACUUCAUCUCUCUCCUCAAGUUCCGGGAACAUGCUGGCCGCAUCAAGGCCAAGGAUCUGAGAUUGGCGGCUGAGACGGAGCUUGCCCAUGCCGCAAAUGAUGUACCCUUCGCUGACAUCCUACGAUACAUUGUCAAGAGACCGGAAUGGUGUGCUUUCGACAAAGACGACUCGCUUCUCAUGCUUCUUGUCCAACGACUCAACGCGUGGAGUGUCAAGAUCCCUGUUGAGGAGAUACCGCAAAUCAUAAUGGACUGGCCUGGCGAGGACGUCGCGAACCCGGCAAAUGUCAUCCUGAAGAUUGCCAUUCAGCUCAAGCUUGAGCUUCAGCUCGAAGUCUUCAGUGGUGCCACGGAGUGGCCGUCAAUUGCUCGUUCGGUGAAUUUAGGAGCUUUGCUGGAUAGCCAUCUAUCGUAUCCCACCACAGAGUAA